GUUAUGUUCAGAACUGAAAUGUUAGGUAAAAGUGGCUCUCGCAGUUUGCAGAAGAUAGUUAAAAAUACGUGAAUAUAUUGUGUUAAAUCGCCUGCAAUAGUUCCCCCGAAAUGCUGGAUCUAAUGUGCAGCUACGCAGGAAUAAUUCGGAAACAAAUCUGAGGAUAGGAUCCACACACACACACACACCCCCACACACAGCACUGAUAAGUCAGCAAAACAAAAAAAAACAAGCAAAAUGAGCGGUCGCGGCAGCCGUAAACGUGGUCGACCGCCAAAGACGCCCAAUGAACGCGGCUCAGGACGCUUCAAUUACCAGCUGCUCAAGAAGCCCAAGUAUCUCAGCGAGGGAAAGUCCCAGCCAAGUACUCCGUCGGCCUCAAGGGGCAUUUCCCCGCAGAGCGACGAGGGCAGCCGGAGCAGUCACACAAAUCUCAGCCGGAGCCGUGGGAGCGCCGCCAAGAGGGGACGAGGUCGAAAAUCCACCGUGCAACCCAACACCAGCAGCUACUCCGGACGGAAAGGGUACGAGUCGGAAUAUCAUUACGGAUCUGAUUUUGGAGAUUCUGACGAAGACAAAUCAGACAAUGAGGAUGACAUGCUACUUACUCCCAGCGACGACGAGAGCCUGGAAGCAGCCAACGAAAGCGAAUCGGAAUUCUCCGUAUGUAGCUUUAAUCAAAAUGGAGUUGGCCGACCUCCACGUCCGCCUAGUCCGGAACCAGUGUGGCUGCAGGAAGGGCGGCAAUAUGCAGCGCUGGAGUUGCCUGAUUCAUCGGAGGAUCUAGCCAUAGCUAAUGCCCACGUUUUUCGUGCCCUCAGUAUUUAUGAAGUACUCCGACGUUUUCGCCACUUGGUGCGUCUGUCCCCAUUCCGAUUUGAAGAUUUUUGCGCCGCGCUAGCUUGUGAGGAGCAAAGUGCUUUAUUAACAGACGUACAUAUUAUGUUGCUUAAGGCUAUUUUGCGGGAAGAGGACGCACAGGGUACACAUUUUGGUCCGUUGGAUCAAAAAGAUACUGUUAAUAUAAGCCUGUACCUUAUUGACGCUAUAACGUGGCCGGAAAUUUUGCGCAGCUAUGUGGAAAGUGACAAGACAUUUGAUCGCAACGUGUUUCAGAUUUUAAACCGAACUGAAUAUCCGUACACAGGCAUUGACAGCCGCCUUGAAGUGCUACAGUUUCUGUCGGAUCAAUUUUUAACUGCCAAUUCUAUACGCGAUGUAAUGUUACAGGAAGGGCCCAUUCAUUACGAUGACCAUUGCCGGGUAUGCCAUCGACUCGGCGAUUUAUUAUGCUGCGAAACGUGCCCUGCCGUCUAUCAUUUGGAAUGCGUAGACCCACCAAUGAACGACGUACCUACUGAGGAUUGGCAGUGCGGACUUUGCCGUUCACAUAAGGUCAGCGGUGUGGUGGACUGUGUACUGCCGCAGGAGAAACAAGGCGUGCUAAUCCGGCAUGACAGCCUGGGUGUUGAUCGUCAUGGGCGGAAAUAUUGGUUUAUUGCUCGUCGCAUUUUUAUCGAAGAUCAGACAGACUCCACUUGCUGGUACUAUAGUACGACAAGUAAGUUAAAAUUGCUACUUUGCCGACUGGACCCCGAAGAACUGGAAACUCGACUGCAUAGCCAGAUUACAGAGCGUCGAGACGAAAUCGAGCGCCAAAUGCAGUUGACUGAGACCUUAACUAACGAGCACAAGCAUACUAAGCGAAGUUUAAUCGAGAUUGAACAAGAGGCUACAAAUGAAAUGCUUGAAAAGGAGACACUUGACGAGGAAACUGAAGAUGGCGAUGCCAAAUCUGAGAGCCCUUCCGAAGGAACAAAAAAACAGGAAGAAACCAAAAUGGUGACGCGUCAAAAAUCCAGUCAACUAAGUAAUGGCACUCUGCAUUUUAAACUUGGUAUGGAGCAAGGAUUCAAAAAUUAUGUGAACCAGUAUUCAACUAAUCCCAUUGCCCUAAACAAGCCGCAAAGGAACGAGGAACGGGAUAAGCGGCGUCACCUAUCCCACAAGUUUUCGUUAACGACUGCAUCCGACUUUAAAUGGAUCGGUAUAACCAUGGGAACUACCGAGAAUAUGAUUACAACGCUUAGGCAGACGUUGAUAAACUUUGAGUCCAAUAUAGCACCUUCGUUUUUAAACACUAACUGGGUGGUUAACAAGAAAAUUUGGAAUGCUGCUGUAUUGAACGCCCGCCGCGCAUCUGACUUUGCGGCCGUAUUGCUACUGUUUCAAUCGUCCCUUAAGAGCGUGGUAUUCGCCAAUGUCUGGCAUGAGCAACUCGGCCACACAACUUUACAACGCAUAACUAGUGCCGAACGUGAAGAUCGAAAAAAAGUGGAAAAGCGAGAAAAACGCGAGCGGGAUGACGAGGAAGAACGUAAUCGCCUUGCGUUCAACUACAUUAAAUACACCCUGGGGCUCAAACAUCAAGUCUGGAAGCAAAAAGGAGAAGAGUACCGGGUUCACGGCCAGUGGGGCUGGCUGUGGCUCUCAAGCAGUCGACGGUGUGGAGUUCGUGCACGGCGAGCUCAGCCCCUGGUACACAACAGAGUGUAUGUGCAUUACACUAUGGGAGAAGAAAAUGCCGUAAAUGAAAUUAUAUUAGUAGACCCACGCACUCAGCGCUUUAUGCAGCAAUGUGAGACAAGCAAUGUCGACGGUCAGGUGUGUCAUUAUUUACCGGAGCAAUACAAAAAUGUGAAAGUUAUAGAAGAUGUCGACGGGAAAAUCAAGGGGAUCAUCGAUGUUAGCAAAGCGCUAAAUGCUCCAGGGCGUACUUUUUAUCCGAAAGUGGCUCGCAAGUGUCGAUUAGAUGAUCUGCUGGAUCGCCGUAUAAAAUUGGCCGAGGUCGAGGAGCAGAUGGCUUCUAAAGUUGCGACUGAUGUGAAGCCGCUUGUAAUUUCUUCACAGCCUGUUGCAGCCAACACCAAACAAACGUAUCUAGAGAAGCGUUUACUUCGCCUUACUGAGCUCCCAGCAAAAGGGAAUCCUUCAAACGUCAACUUGGAACUCGUUAACUCGCUGGCUAAACAAAUUCAAACAGUGCGCUUACAAUUUAGUCAACUUAAUCGGUUUGCUAAGAUCUUUCGUUGUUACACUAAGGAGUGUAAUACAAAUUCGAAUGCCGUAUCUCAGAUAACGCAAAACACUUGCUAUUCUCCAUUGUGUCUUCAAAAAGCACGGGCAAAGAAAGAACUCUUGUUGUUGUUACGGAAGGCACAUACCGCGGGAAAUGGCUCUAAAGAGACUGUUGCCGCCAUAUUGGGAGCUGUUAAGAAGCCGUCUAUUCUUGAGCAAAAGCUUACUGAGGGUAAAAGGGAAUCCACUCAGCUGGCGACGGAUGAAUCAGAAGAAGGGAAAUCAGCUGAGUCCGAAGCACCAUUGGAUUUACUCCAAGAUUGGGAACAUGCACGAGCGCACGCUGUUCAUUUUAGCGAUUCUUUAAUCACCGAAUGCAUGCUGUUUGAUCAAGACUGCGCUACCAGCACAAAAGUUAAAGAAGAAGAUGAUCCCAGUGCCGGAAGUAACACAACGACGGACUCUAAUACACAAGACUCUGAUAAAAUGGACUAUAUCGAAAGUAUGGACGUUUGCAGCAAUGUUGAAAUUGAGAGUACCGAAGACUCUAUUGUAGCUGGCUUAAAUUCAGCAUGCUCAGGAGCUAAUGCAGAAGAUGUCGAUAUGACACCCGGAUGGAGGAGAAAGCGGAAUCAGAAGUCUAAAAAAACCUAUAUUGGUACUAAGGAUGUGUUGGAUCAAACGUUAGCCAAGGAUAUACCACUUAAUAAACAGAACCGCAGAUUUCCUAUCAAUGCGCGUCCAGUUAAGCGUGAAUGCGUGAAGAAAUAUGAACGGGAGUACUUUGAGAACGGGUCCGAGCGUGUAUAUUCAUCUAAUUCACCUCGGGGUCGUGUAUACCUCCUUAAUGACGCAGCCAAGUUGUAUGAGCAAGCUGUAAAAACGGAGGAUAAAGCAACAAUUUACAAAAAACCAUCCUAUUCACGAUACCCACUUAUAUCAAAUUUUCUUACUCAUAAAAAAAAACGUAGCCUUUUGGUGCUCCCGCGUUACGAACUUCUUAAGCUGGCGCGUCUGGGUGGAAAAACAUCAACAAAUGGUUUUCAUCACGCAGCUAAAAAUAACACAAUUUGGCAAUAUCAGUGUUCACGUCCCCUGUUUCGAACUUGCUGGUCCUAUCGCACAUCCAGCACCACCUCGUUAUCCAGCCUAGCGCUUCAACUGCGAAUACUGUGGUCGUGUCUCCGUUGGGACGACAUGAUAGCGAAGCCCCCAUCCACGGAUGGGAAGCAUCAGGUUACGACGGACACUGAGAUUGUGACUUUGGAAUUGCUAAAACUUCGGCAUGCAGGCCGCUAUGGAGAAAAAACAAGCUAUUUACGGCGAAAAGUUGUCAUCCCUCUUGAAAUGCCUAAAACUAUAAGAGAAGUAACAUCAAUAAGAUCUGGACUGCGAAAACGAAAGCGGGCUGAAUCUCCCCAGCCAACUGAGCCGCAGAUAAGCGAGGAAUGGGUCGAUGAAGAUAAAUUAGAAUUGUGGGAAAUUAAAUUUAUUGGAGAAAAACAGGAAAAGGCACGUCUAUCAGCAGUAACUCGAUCUGUAGCAUCGCGUCAACUGGAGGCAAGUGGUAGUACUGGUCCAAGUACUUCAACUAAUGGAAAUCCUGGCGGCGCUGGUCGCGUCCAAUUGGCCCCGAAAUCUAGUGAAGAUGUUAAGGAAAAAAUGGAACAACAAUUAAAAUUGCAACGCGCUGUUCACCAACAGAGGAAACUGGUUGGCACUGGCGAAGUCGCCCGUUCCGUUACUCCGGUUAAGGGCCAAGUUAUCGGCAGUAGGCGCGUCAUUGUCAAAAACCCUGAUGGCACAACGCGCAUCAUUCAGCAAGCAGUUACUCAGGUUUCACGGCCAGCAGCUAACACGGCGACAGCAACUGCUUCAUCUACUGCAGCAAGCACGUCAAGCACUCAGUCUACUCCAUCCACACCUACACCACAUAAGGUACAAAUUAUAAGAGGGCCAGACGGUAAGGUAAGCGUGCGUGGCUUAAAUCCUGGCCAGCAACUAGUUCAGAUGCCGGAUGGAAAACUACAUGUGCUGACUACCACAACUUCCUCAAACGCAGCAGCGCAAGGUAACAAAAUCAAGGUUCCCUUUAAGCCUUCUUCUACUCCGUCGUCGCCAGCAGUUACUUCUGUGCAGUCUACUGUAAAUCCAGUAACACCUGUGAUAAAACAAAUUGCAGUUAAACAUGCCACCAAAAACUCCGGGACUCAAUCCAUAAAAUCGUCGCCGAGCGUUGCCUUGCCCCUGGCACAAAUUAAGAACAAAUUGUUGCUGGCCCAACAGCAGCAGCAAACAGCAUCCGCGCCAUCAACAACUUCAUCGCCGACUGUGCAAAAAAUAGUUUCAAAAGUAGUUAGCACGAGUUCAUCUGGACAAAACCUGCAACAAGUAUUUGUGCAGUCUGGGUCAAAAUUGGUGGUAGGCCAGAACUCACAAGGGCAAAAGGUUAUUAUAUCCACUUCGUCUGCACAACAACAGGGAACAUCACCGGUUCAACAGCAGCAGCUAGUACAACCUCAAGUUAUUUCCCAACCAAUUCAACAGUCACCGCAGCAGCAAAUCUCGAUGACCCAAUCUCAACCAACGCAAAAAGUAAUUCAGCAAAUUGUUAACACCAGCAAUGUGCAACAGCAGAUUGUAGUUGGCGGCCAACGGAUCAUUUUAAGCCCGGGUCAAACUAUUGUUACUCAAAGAAACGUGCCUCAGAGUCAAGCAUUGCAGAUGGUUCAGCAGCAGAUUCAAACCCAACAACAACAGCAGCAACAACAACAUAUUGUUCAGCCUCAGCAACAAUUUGUCGUUCAAUCGAACCAGAUUGUUCAAUCCUCACCAAAUACACAGACGAAGUUGGUCAAACAGCUUGUGGUUCAACAACAUUCACAACCAACAACCGAAGAGAAAGCUCAGAUCUCCACUGCUGAUGUCAAUGAAUCUGGCACGCAGCAAGUACUAGUUCCGAAUUCGACUUUGGCCCAGCAGUUAGCGCAGGGCAAGUUACAGGUUGCCACUGUGAAUGGUCAACAAGUUAUCGUAAAACCUUUGGGGAACAAUCAGGCGCAAAUCGUAGCACAUAUUAAACACCAAGGCGAUGGAAACGCUCACAUCGUAACAAGUAACUCAGCUUCUGCAGUGUCGCAGGCAAGUCCACAAACCUCACCAGUAAAACAGCAGGCCCUACCAUCACAAAGUCCCCAGCAAGUUGUUGUCCAGCAGCAAAUGCCUCAACAGUCAACAACAAACUUUGAAAGCGGCGUUAGCUCAAUCACUCAACAGCCUGUUGUUUCUCAGAAUGUCCAGGGACAGGUCCAACAGCAACCCUUAAGUGUUGAGGAAAGUCUUCUACAAAAUCAGCCUCCUGGAACGGUUAUUAAAUGUGUCACAGCUCAAGUAUUGCAAACCGAGCACGGGCCACGUAUUGUAUUGCAAGGCCUGGUAGGCAACGAUUUCACUGCACAACAAUUACAAUUAGUACAAACUCAGGUGAAACAGCAAUUAAUGAAGGCUCAAGAGUCAAAUGGCAAACUAGGUGUUUUGGGCCCAACGAAAAUAUACUUGGCGGUACAGCCGGAAUCUGCAGUUCAAUCACAACCCCCUCCACUUACCCCAGUUCAUCAGUCGGCAACGCAUCAGCAAGUUGGUGGCGGCGUAUCAAUUGCUUGUAUGGUGAAUUCGAAUUAUGUUUUGCAUGACAUGCAGGAAGAAGAUUAUGAUGAUGAAAUUAUCGUCGUCUGCAGUCCGCCGAAUCAAAUUAUACCCACAUCCCCAAAUGAAGUAACCCAAGGUAGAACUUUAAUAAGUGAUUUGCCGUGCCACACCAACAUUAGUUUUGAAGAUCAAGACAAUAAUGAGCAGCAUCGCCUAAAAUAUGAAAGUGAAGACCUUAAACGAUGUUCAUUGCAGACCAACAACAUCGACAACGACGCCAAUGCGCUAACCACAACUUUCGAAGCCAAUCCAACUAUUAGAAUUAAUUCCAUAAACAAUGGCAAUGAGCAGGAACAUAGUAAAUGUGCAGAAACAGAAAAAACUAAUAUAACAAUUAACAAGCCCUUUGUGGGUACAUCUCCCCUGUUAGAGGGCUUAGAGCAUAACGAACCAGCGAAUCAUGCCGAAUUCAAUCUCACAGACCCAGACUUAGAAAAUAAACAAAGCGAAAGCUUUGUUGUAACCAGCGGCUACAUACAGGAGUCUAUUUCAAAUGCUCUUAAACAAGGAAAUCUGAGUCCGGAACUUGAGGAAAAACUUGUUAGUAUGCAGAAGCAACAGGAAAAUGCUAAUUCAACAUGCACUGACGAGUGGGAAUUAUGCUCAAGAGGGACUGCAAACAACGAAGUACUUACUCCAGGUUGCCGCAGCAUUUCAUCACGUGAUCAAAACACCGAUGAUGUUGAAUGGAAAAUUCGGCCUUCCCUAAGACGUAAUGCAAUGACAACAAGUAGCCAAUUUAAUCGAAAUUUAAAAAAAUGUCGCAGACAAAAUGAAGAAGUGGCCGAACUUGGAGAGCAAAAGCAAUCGCAGCUGGAACGGCAUAAAGAACUGCUUAAAAAAAGUAUUUUGCGUAAGCGUUCAUUAUUAGAACGAAAUUUACAAAACGAAAUACACGAAGAUGUUCAAACCAAAGUCCAGAGACAUGUGCGCCCCUUAAGUGUGGCUUCGCCGGAUGAACACAGUGAAAAUGAAAGAAGUGGCGAACCAAAUAUGGACUUAAAACGGACAGAGGCAAAUGCGGAGAACAACAAACUUGGUGUCGGCAGGCCAAAGAAAUUGACAAGAAGAAAGGAAAAAUUGUAUUGCAUUUGUCGUACUCCAUAUGAUGACACAAAGUUUUACGUGGGGUGCGACCUAUGCAGCAAUUGGUUCCAUGGGGAUUGUGUCAGUAUUACCGAAGAGGCUUCGAAAAAACUGUCGGAAUUUAUUUGCAUUGAUUGCAAAAAGGCGAGAGAAACUCAACAGCUGUACUGCAGCUGUCGCCAACCAUACGAUGAGUCACAAUUUUAUAUAUGCUGCGAUAAGUGCCAGGAUUGGUUCCAUGGACGUUGCGUUGGAAUACUUCAGAGCGAAGCUGAGUUUAUUGAUGAAUAUGUGUGCCCUGAGUGCCAGCGGAAAACAGAUGCAAACGCCGCAAAUAUGAAAAAACUGGCCCCUGCUGAAAUUGAAGAGCUAAAAAACUUAAUCAAACAAAUACAGUUACACAAAAGUGCUUGGCCAUUUAUGGAACCGGUUGAUCCGAAGGAAGCCCCUGACUAUUACAAAGUGAUUAAAGAGCCCAUGGAUCUCAAACGGAUGGAAAUCAAACUCGAAUCAAACACGUACACCAAACUAGCAGAGUUUAUUGGCGAUAUGACAAAAAUAUUCGACAACUGCCGUUACUACAACCCGAAAGAAUCAUCCUUUUAUAAGUGUGCUGAGGCACUAGAGUCAUACUUUGUGCAAAAAAUAAAAAAUUUCCGGGAAAAUGUUUUUGGCCAAAGUAGAUAAAAGACCACUUAAGAAAAAUUAAUGUAGUUUGUAAAUGAUACACCAUACAAU